AUGGGAUCAGGUGGUUUGCAAAAGAAUUGGGGAAGUUGGAUUUCAAUAUGGAAUUCAAUACUAAUGAAGGAGAAGAUGAUGCUACUGGAGGGUUCUGAAGGAGAAACCAAACUUGAGAAAGAGAAAGUGGGAGAUGGUAAAGGGGAUGAUGGCAUUGAAAGAAAUAAUAAUGAUACAGAUGUUAAACACACUGAAAAGGUUGAGGAUGCUUCCCAGAAAGAAAGUGAAUCCAGUGUGAUUAAGGAGGACAUGUCUGAAGCUGAAGCACUUCCUGUGAUUACAGACUUACUGUAGGCUUGAAAAACUGGAUUCGUGUAACUUUUGCUGCAGACCCAUCUUCUCUUGAAGAAGCUCUUGAUAGAGUGAAGUCUCUUUGCCAAAAGCAUUCUCAUCAGCAAAAGGUUAAUAUUCUCUUGGAAAGGAAAUUGUCAAAGAAUAAUUUAGUCAUGAGUUUCUUUUAAUGUUGUACAUGUUUUCUUUUCUAUAAUAAAUAUUAUGCAAUAUUAGCAAUGUGUU